AUGAAAGUCACUUAUAAAAAGUAGGAUUAUAAUGUUGGGUAUCCCAAAAGCUUAUCAAAAAUGAAAAAGUAGUUAUAAAAAUAAAUACCAGAAUUAGCAUAGAGAGAGUUGAUUAUUAUGAAGGUAAUCACUUAGGACUAGAAAAAACUAAUUGAGUAAAAUAAUUAUCAAGAGGUCGUUCAAUCUUAUAAAAAGAAUCAAGGUCCUAUACUGAAAUGUUAUAUCCUCAUCGAUUUUCUUUAGCUAUUGAAUUUUCCCAUUUCUCAAUAAAAAUAACAACUCGAACUUGAAGUUUAUAAAUAAAAGUAUGAUAAAUUAAAAAGCACAGCCUCAUCAUAAGGAUCUAAUCAAUAAAUCACUUGUAGACUAGAAUAAUCAUGUACUUCUGAAGAGUAAAAUCAAUAGAAGGAAUAAGUUUUGAGUCGUUCAAUUUCUGAAAAUAUUGCUCAUUAAAGUGUGGUUUAAGCUUAGAUUACUUAAAGUAAUUCAUUAAUGAAUGAAAAAUAGUCUCAGAAAAUUCAGGUUGUAGAAUGUUAAAUUUAUGAAAUUCAAAACAUGAGCUAGAUGGACAUAAGACAAAAUGCUGAAACUAUUUUUUCGUCAAUUAAUCCAAAUUGCUAUCUUUGUAUUUAAAACAUUAAAUAAAACCCUUAUUUUUUGAGUUGUUUGCAUGUUUAUCAUGAACCUUGUUUAAAAGAGUUCUUAACAAAUUAGAUCCAAAAGAUGGGUUCAAAAUUGUUUUGUCAGUGUAACAGCCAAAUAACUCAUCCUUGCUAAAUUCUAAAAACUUUAGAUUUAAACAAUCUCUAUGCUAAAUUACUAAAUAAUCAACUUAAUGAAAUUAAAAGCAAAUAUAAGAGUAUUAAAAGGUGUCCAAGCAAAGGUUGUUCCUUUUUUGUGAUAAAUACAAACAAUACGAUUUCUAAAUCUUUCUGCCCUUUAUGCCUUAUGCAAGUAAUACUAGAAUGA